AGCUUCACAAAAAUCAGUAAACUGGAAAUUUGGAGCAGAUGAAGAAGUCUGGGUCUGGGUCAUGGGUGAACAUUCAUCGGACAAACCGUAUGAUGUUAUCUGUGAUGAGAUCAUUGCAGAACAAGCACGCAAGCAAGCAGAAAAAGAAGCAGCGGAAUGGAGGAAAGGACAAGUGCAAAAUGUAUGCCAACUAACAGAGUCCCUGACACUGCACACACAGAAAGAAAGAGGCGAGACGUGGAAGGAAAAUACUGAAAACAAGAUUACACCCAAAGAAGAAACAAAAAUAGUAGAAGAAAUUAAAAAGAAUGAAGAGAAUGAGAAAAAAUCUGCCGUAAUGAAGUCACAAAAAAAUGAAAAAGAAAAAUUAGAGGAACGUACUAUGGAAAUUUACAUGAAUUGGAAAGAAGCUCAGGAGGUCAAGCAAAAGAUGGAAAAAGAAGAUUCUGAGUGGCAAGAAACAUUAAGAAAAUCAAAAGCAGCUGAUGAGAGACGUAGGUCUAUGGCUAAACAGGCCAGGGAUGACUACAAGAGGCUGUCAAUGCAGGCCAUUGAGAGAGGAAGUGUGGCUAACAGGGCCAAAAAUUUUGGAGGAGAAUUUAAACGGCCACCUUUACCACCAAAACCAAGCAACUGUGGGAUAAACAGGACUGAAAGAAGGCACUGUGUAAGAAAGAUUAAAUUCUAGCUGCACACAUGAAAAUAUCAUCAAAUGGUUUUAAAGAGGAGCAACUUCCUUUACAUUCUGGAUGGGACAGAUCUGGAACCAGCAUUGCACCUUGGUUUCACGGCAUCAUCUCAAGGCUAGAAUCAGAAGACCUUUUAAAAGGCCGGUCAGCAGGAACCUUUCUUCUUCGUGUCAGUGAGAAGAUCCAAGGCUAUGUUCUCUCAUAUCGCCAUGAAGAUGGAUACAUGCAUUUUCUUAUAGAUGCUUCUGGCACCUCUUACAGCUUUUUGGGAGUGGAUCAACUACAGCAUGCAACUCUGGCUGACCUUGUAGAAUAUCACAAGAUUGAGCCCAUUACCUCACUGGGAAAAGAACUGCUAUUGUACCCAUGUGGUCAACGCAAGAACAGCUGUGACUAUACUGACCUCAUAUCAUAA